AUAUUUACCAUUUUUCAAAAACCCACCAUUACACAUGAAGGAGGAAUUCCUCCUGGAGCCUUUUAACUUGUGCUUGUUAAAAAUUGAUUCUUAAACAAAGAAUGUUACUAGUAUUAUCACAUUAGAUAGGCAUCAUGGCUUAUACUGGUCUGCAACAUCUUAGAAACUUUCCUUGGCACACAUGUAUACAUUUCAGGAGUAUUUUAUAACAGUACCACAUAACACAAUCAAAUAACAAUCACUUUGGGUUUGACUGAAACAAACCUAACAUUUAUAUUUUGCACAGAACAAUUAGAAUCUCCAACUCUAUAUUACUUAAUCAGAUUCUACAUUACUUAACCAAUUUUAGAAGGCUAGCCUAAUUAUACUAUGUUCUCACAUAAGACACCCAAUAUUAAAGUGCUUUUCAGUAGCUUCUCAAUACCUUGAUUUUUAUUCUUCUUUUUUCAAAACAAGUCCCUCCGUCUGUCAGACUUGCUACAGCAUACUUCUGUUCUACUUAUAAAUACGUUAUUUUGGUUUCUUUUUUUUCUGCACAAGAUGAAUGCAUUGUUUAUGAUCAUACAUUCAUACAUGAUGCAAUAUUUCAUAUACUAUGCAACAGUCUUUAAAGCUUCCCUAUUGAAAAAAAUCAAUAAAAUUGUAAAUGCAUAUUUCAGUAAAUUUCAACCGGAUAAAAAUAAAAAGGUAAGAAUUUAGGAGCCUGUGAAUGAUUUGGUGUUCUGUCCGUUAAUGUUCCAUAUUCCUUAUACAACAUAAACACGUAUAUGAUAAUCCAGUCCAGUCUAGUCACAAGAUUGGACUCGGUCGGUGUUUCCCAAACAAGUAGGCGGGUCCGCUUUGAAACAGGAGGUGUGGUGGGCUGCCCCACCAGACGUAUAGAGUGUGCCUUAAUAGAGAAAGUAUGCAGUGAUUUUGACUUUAUGGCGGUGUACGCUAGUUCUUUGCUGUCAAUCGGGAGUGUCUUGAUACAAGAAUGCUAGGGAAGACUGCAGUGUAACUCGGAUCACACACCAAGAAAGGGGGGAGGGGUAAAGAUUGAGGGAAGGAGGAAAAGAGAGCGAGAGAGAGAGAGAGACACGAAGUAGCGCGCGAGGAUCGGAAAGAGGGAAAAGGCAACAGAUAUUUAAUUAGUUUGUUAGUAAGUUUGUCUCUCCUGUUGUACGGCUCUACUUUCCAUACUAGCAAUACAAAUUAAAAAGAAACAAGUGCCAGCGGAAUCUGUGAGGAAUCAAAGGUGGACUGUUUAGCUAAAAUGUGUAUCUAUAUACUUAUGCAUUCAUUUCAUUUAAAGAAGAAAUAGAAGAAGCAAAGACCGUAGGAGCAACGUGUCCUCCACUGUUGCAUCCAGGACCGAAGGCACUUGCCCCCCCCCCCGUCAAUCCUUCACCAGAGCUGCCUGUGGGGGCUCCAUGCCCAGACAUCCCCCUCCCUCUAUUGGGUGAUGCUGGCGGAAGGAGGCACAGAUGAGUAACAACGGUACAGCAAAGAGGCCAUCGCAGCCGGGCAGUCCGGAGGCCCCCACCGAAGCCCCACGCCGGGGGAGGGGCCGUCCGCGCAAACCGCAACAGGAGCUCAGUGGGCCUCCAACCCCCAAGAGACCCCGCGGACGUCCUAGAGGGAGUAAAAACAAGGGCCCUCGUGCCACACCCAAGAAAACAGAGCCAGCCGGAGAGAAGAGACCACGAGGCAGGCCGAGGAAAUGGCCUCAGAAAGUGAUUCAGGAGGGACAACAGCAGGCUGAUCCCCAGGGAGCCAUGGAGGGUCCCUCUCAGACCCCGCCCCCUGCAGAAGGGAAAUAGGCAGGGUGCCACACUCCUACCUCACUGGCUGGUUAGCGGUAGAGGGAGGGGCCAGAUGCUCUACACCGAACGAGCCAUGAAGAUCGCAAAACAGGAAAAUAAUAUUGUUUAUAUAUAUGCUUUCAGUUCAUAAUAUUUUAAAGUUGCCACUGCCACGGUAGCAUUUCUCCGGGAGCAGACCUGGGAUUGACAAGGGACUUUCUUCACCAUUCUGGGCCAGUCCACCUGCCCUUCCACUGCCUUCUUCCUCUCCCACAAUCCUAUGGCUAUUUUUAUUUCUUUAAGUGUCUCUCACUUGUCUCAGUUUACACUGCAGGGACAAAAGGCAUUUCAUACUGUAGGAACUAAAGGCAUUUUUGUAUAAUCAAAAACCAAUCUGUUUACCUACUCUCUUGGGAGGGUAGCAGCCGCACUGAAUCAUUGGGAUUGAGAAAUUUACUGUAUCGCAAGUCUGUCCUCUCCAGAUCAAAGUCUUUAGCUGAGUGUGGGGACAGAGUGACACUCCUGAUGCUCCCAAUUGCCACUGGAAUCUGGCAACGAGAAUAAGGAGAGUCAUUUCACCUUGAAUCUUAGGCCCAAAAAAAACAAAAUUAACUCCAUGUUCUUGAUGGCAAGGCAACAGACGUGAAUCUGCUUUAAGUGUUUGCGGCUCUUCCUGGGAGUGAAUGUGUUUGUGUAUGUGCGAGUGUGCUGAUAUUGUUUAGGUGUGUGCUCUGUGCUUUUGAGUGCUUACAUGAAGGGAGUCUGAUUCACUGUCCCCAGAGACAAUCAGACAAAGUGUGUCUCAGCUUGAUGACAUCACAGUGGCUCGAUUAGCAUGCCAUUGUAUGCAACCUCUGGGGGUAGCAGGGUUCUGUAGAAGGUUAAGGGUGGAAGCUCUUCUCCUUAAGGGGGCUCAGUUUGAGUCUUCUCUGUCUUUGAAUUACACCGAUAUCAUCUCAUAACACAUGACUUAAACAGGGGCUGUGACUCCUUGGACCUAAGUCACAAAAGAACUCAAUUUUAAAUGAUAUAUAUGAUAUAUGUAUUUUUUUUUACUUGCUAUUUCAUGUACGUGUGAGGGUGUUUUGUCACCAAAAUCAGGCAGUUAUGUGUACUUUGUCAUUGUGUCAACAUUCAUCUGUUUACCAAAUGUUUACCAGUUCAGUUACUACUUGAUUUCUCAUCCCAUUGAGGCUACUGUUUUACUGCAGUAGACAGUGCUCUUUACUAUGGUACUCAUUUAUAUUCAUUUACACUUCAGGUAUUUUUGCAAGUAUUUUUUGCUUGACUCAGAUUCAGGAACAUGAUUUCAAAAUACUCAGAUACAAUAUAUAUUGUGCUAUAAAGAUAUAUUUAUAUUAUAUAUAUAUAUAUAUAUUUCAUAUAUUGUUUGCAAAUAUGACAGAUGACAUACAGACCUCAGCACAGGGGUGCCACAAGGGCCAGUCCUACACCUCACCUCCCUUUUGCCUCCCUGUCUACCUCAGCCACAAUGAGGAUGGAAGAGGACUGCACUGACAC